UUAGUCAACGAGUUUAACCAGUCAUGCAGUCGAUUGCAUAUUUGACUUAAAGCAAAAACAAUAAACAAAGGAACGACCGCGAAUAGUCGGUUCAGAGCAUUUGAGUGUGUCACCUCGUGUAACGGCAGCGGCAAUCAAAUAAUAUUUUGUUUAUAACUUUUUGUAUGAUUAACGACGUACGUACGCUUUGCGGAGAGUAUGCGCUGCAGAAUAUUCAUACUAGAAACAAGACGAUCAGUACCGCAUUCACAACCGUGCCAUUUAGUAAGAACUGCUGAUGCUGAGUAGAUAUAUUUUCAAAAAUAAAAUUUUUAUUUAAAGUCAUUAUUUAAAAAGAAAAACAAACAAAAAAAAUCGAAAGAAAACAAAAAUCAAAACAAUAAAAUUUUCUGUAACAACGAACCGCACAAAUCCGCACGCCCCACAAUGCUGGACACCAUCGUUUAUAUACCAACAAUAUUGGCGUACGUUUUCAUACUACUGCUUGUGGUCAUCCUUUGCUUCAUUGUGGUCUAUGUCAGCCACAGGAUCUACGUGUGCAUCUACGACAAUCUGCCGGUGGCGCAUGCGGCCAUUUCCACCAUAAUGAGCAUGGAGUACAAGGACAAUUUGCCCAGCAGAAGUAACAGCGGCAUCGUCUUGAGUUCGAACGAAGCUUUGCACGAGCGAAAGGCGAAAACAGCGCUGCGUAUAAUUGUCACUCUCGCACCGUGCUAUCUAGCCUAUGUGCCUGUGGACACUGAAAAGCACGGCAAGUCCACCGAUGAUUUCGAAUUAAAUGCGGACUAUCACGAGCAUAAAAUGAUCAAAUACUAUGAUCGCUUGUCGCAAAUACCAAUAACAGAUCACAUGUCGUCUUGCGUUAGCGAACGCCAGCUGUAUCCAAGUUCACGCCGGGUAGCAAAGCGCCGCGCAUCGUCGAGAAUUGCAGCAACAACCAGAGAUAAUGCGCUCAUAAAAACUGUGGCCACUUCCACCACCAGGUUAACGCAAUUUAUCGAAAGCGGCAAUAAUUUCAGAGAGGUUGCUGCGUCCAGCCUAUCCGCGCCGACUGUGCGUCCAUCGGUCACCUUCGCGCAUGCCAUGAAUGCGCUCGGCAACAUCAAAAUCAAUCCGCCAGAAGAUCCACUUUAAAUCAUUUGAAUAAAUUCGAAAAUAUACAAAUUACUUGCAGUCAUUUGGACAUCAAACACGAAUUUAUAUUGCUCGCUUACAGCAACAAUGUAUUUACGAGGUUUAUUACGGUAUAAUGCAGUUGAAUAACUCGUUUCUAUUAUUUCGAGAGCGAGACAUUUAAAAGCGAUAUGACCACUUAGCGCUUCGUAAAACAGAAUUAUAAAUAUAUGUAUAUAUGUACGAUAAUAUAAAUAUAAUAAUAUUGUAUAUACUUGAGGUGCAUAUGCACGCAUGCAUAUUUAUAAGAGCGUUUAAUGCAUGAACAAUUUAAUUGUAAUUCACAGUUUAGAUUUUACUCCGGCCGAACACGAAAUAUUGCCCAUCAAAGUCCAACAAACGGAAUCACAUUCAUGUCAGAAAUAAGUUAUACUUAUGAACUACGUUAAGUACACCUUAAAAUCACUUGGUAGGACAGUAAUAAGUUAAAAACGCUGAAGUCGAGUUAAGCUAGUUUUGGUGCCUUGAGUUAUUCCGUGCGAUUUAUGAGAGACUUAUGCUUAGGUGCAAUCUAAAAAAAAUUAUCUUAGCAUUAGAAGCGAUUAAAUUUUCAAAAAUAGAGAUAAAAGUUUUGUCCACUGGUGCACUAGAAAUUAAAAGACUAUAUUAAAUUGACUUAAGCUAGCUUAACAUUAUGAAAAUAUUGUAUGUAAUUGAACUGUAAAGCGCACAAAAUUAGUUACAAUAAAUAAAUUAUUAUUAAAACAAAAUAUUUUAUCUACAAAUGUACAUAUGAAUAUAGUAUAUAAUAUACAUAGGCUUCCGGCUUCCGACUUAAUCUAUGUAAAACAUGUAAAUACAAAAGUACAAAUGCAAAAUAACAUAACAUCACUUUCAUAAGUUUACAGGCGAAGGAAACCCGA